UCUCAUCUGUUACUCCAAACCGCCGGAAAAACAAACCCCAAAUUCUCAAACAAACAAAUAUGGUCGGAUUCGAAAUCGGCGAUGUCCCAUUCAACCCAGACGGCUGGGGUCCACCAGAACCCACUGAUUCAUCAGCCCCAAUCCUCCCUAACCACCCAAUCAACGUCCCAUUCGCCCCCUUUUCACGGUCCGAUAAACUCGGCCGUAUCGCCGACUGGACAAGAUCCAACUACAACAACAACCUUAACCGUAACAACAACCGAAACAACAACAUGAAUCCCAACGACUCCGCUUUCGAUUUCACAACAGACGAUUCCUUCGGCUUAAACGCCGAAAACGACGCCACUUUUCACGUCGUCGACGGAAAACCAGCGCCACGUCAGCGAAACAAUUUCGGACCAAAAUGGCGGUUUCAGAAUAACAAAAACCAACUCCCACAACGCCGUGAUGAAGAAGUUGAAGCUAAGAAACGUGAAGCUGAAAAACAAAGAGCUCGGCGUGAUAGAUUGUAUCACGCCAAUCGUACGGGUAAUAAUCCUCGCCGUGAAGCGGCUGUUUUUAAAUCUUCUGUUGAUAUUCAACCUGAAUGGAAUAUGUUAGAUCAAAUACCUUUUUCGACAUUUAGUAAACUUUCGUAUACGGUCCCUGAGCCCGAAGAUUUAGUUAUUUGUGGUGCGGUUGAGAGUUACGAUAAGAGUUACGAUAGGACUACCCCUAAAAACGAGAGACGGUUAGAGAGGUUUAAGAAUAGGAAUUUCUUUAAGGUUACUACCACUGAUGACCCCGUUAUUCGUAGGCUUGCUAACGAGGAUAAGGCGACUGUUUUCGCGACUGAUGCCAUACUGUCGACUUUGAUGUGUGCACCUAGGUCGGUUUAUUCGUGGGAUAUCGUCGUUCAACGUGUUGGGAAUAAGUUGUUUUUCGAUAAACGAGAUGGGUCUCAGUUGGAUUUGUUGAGUGUGAAUGAAACCUCUCAAGAACCGUUGCCUGAAGCUAAGGAUGAUAUAAACUCGGCUCAUUCGUUGUCUGUAGAGGCUGCAUAUAUUAAUCAGAAUUUUUCACAGCAGGUUUUGGUUAGGGAUGGGAAUAAGGUUACGUUUGAAGAGCCGAAUCCGUUUGCUAGUGAAGGGGAAGAGGUGGCGUCGGUUGGGUAUAGGUAUAGGCGAUGGAAGCUUGAUAACGAGACGAAUUUGGUUGUUAGGUGUGAGGUUCAGAGUUAUAUUGAUGUUAAUGAUAAGAAGUCGUUUUUGACUUUGAAUGCUUUGAAUGAGUUUGAUCCAAAGUUUUCGGGUGUGGAUUGGAGGAGGAAGUUGGAUACUCAAAGGGGUGCGGUUUUAGCUACCGAGUUGAAGAACAAUGCUAAUAAGAUUGCAAAGUGGACUGCACAAGCGAUUUUGGCUAGUGCCGAUAUGAUGAAGUUGGGGUAUGUUACUAGGGUUCAUCCUCGUGAUCAUUUUAAUCAUGUUAUACUGGCGGUUGUUGGGUAUAAGCCACGAGAGUUUGCUGGGCAGAUUAAUCUGAAUACUUCUAACAUGUGGGGAAUUGUCAAGUCGAUUGUGGAUUUGUGUAUGAAGUUGGGUGAAGGGAAGUAUGUGCUGGUUAAGGAUCCGCAAAAGCCUCAAGUUAGGAUUUACGAGGUACCUGCUGAUGCUUUUGAAAACGAUUAUGUGGAAGAACCACUGCCCGAGGAUGAACAGGUUCAGCCUCCUUUGGAAAAUGAUGAUGCUAUCGAUCAAAUUGCUGCUAAAGAGGAAACCACAGAGGCCAAGGAAGUUAUAGCCGAAGCCUAGAUCAGAAGGUACCCUAUAAUUGCUGUCAGCAUCUUUGAGUUGAGAAAUGCAUUGCGGGUGAAAUAACCUGAGCUUAUGUUUUUUUUUGUUAUUUGUGUUUCUUCACAACAGAGGCAGAUGCUUUCUGUGUUAAGCUUUUGUUCCAAUGACCUUUUUUUAGACAUCUGUUUUGAUGACCGAGAGUUUGUGGUAUUUUGCAUCUAAUAUGUAAUGGGAUUUUAGCAUCUUCACUAUAUGCUUUUAUCUG